CUUUCCGACGCAGCCGAACAUCCGCUUCCGGUUCCCAGACCGAAUUGACUGUGAGCGGAACCUGAGGUGGCUGAGGCCUGCGGGUGGGAGAGGGCCUUAGUAGAGAUGGACAGCCGGAUUCCUUAUGAUGACUACCCGGUGGUUUUCCUGCCUGCCUACGAGAAUCCCCCAGCAUGGAUUCCUCCUCAUGAGAGAGUAUACCACCCAGACUACAACAAUGAGUUGACCCAGUUUCUGCCCCGCAUCGUCACACUAAAGAAACCCCCUGGAGCUCAGUUGGGAUUUAAUAUCCGAGGAGGAAAGGCCUCCCAGCUAGGCAUUUUCAUCUCCAAGGUGAUUCCUGACUCUGAUGCACAUCGAGCAGGACUUCAGGAAGGGGACCAAGUCCUAGCUGUGAACGAUGUGGAUUUCCAAGAUAUUGAGCACAGCAAGGCUGUUGAGAUCCUGAAGACAGCUCGUGAAAUCAGCAUGCGUGUCCGCUUUUUUCCCUACAAUUAUCAUCGCCAGAAAGAGAGGACUGUGCACUAGAGACUCAAAACCUUCAGCCCUCCACAUGGAAUCUUCUAGGACAAGCUAGCUAGGCCUCAGGGAAGUCACUUGGGGAGCUCUACUCUCAGCCCCACCCUGGCAGAGGGGAGCGAGGGGGAUGGGGAGACAGCCAGUCUCUGCACUGAGCCAGCCAGCCAACUGCAUUUUCUCAACUGUACUGCACUUUGAGUUCCCUAGUUUUCCAGGUGAGCUUCAUUUCCUGAAAGGAGAAGGAUGGUGAUGUCUAGGUACCCUUAGCCUGUGGAGAACCCUUGCUAGAGAAGGCAGCUGACAUUUGUUGAAUACCAUGUGCUAGGCAAUUCCAUGUAUGUCAUCAUUUUCAUUAGUGUGUAUUAAUCAAUAGAAAAAUGGAUCUUGGGGACCUCCCAUCUUAUCUACCUGGCCAUCUCAUCCCGUCCUUAUGCUACCAGUCUCGUACCUUUUGGAGACUCCAGUGGAUCCCUGUUUCCUUCCUCCUCCCUCCUUCUAUCUCCUCCCCCCAGAAAGUAAAACACAAUGCUAAGGAAA